AUGUACGAGGAGGGAAUCAUUAUCCUUGCCGUAGAAGCAGUCGUGCCCACAGCCGAAGGAAGCAGCCCACCAAUCAUUAUCUCUUGUCCUCUAGCAUUCUCCUACAGCGCAGCUAGACCGGCGCUUUCAUCAAGUCAGCUUGAGUUUUUUAGUCCCCUAGAUCUCCAAGUACAUACCAAAGUCACGGAGCUGGAAGUGACCUGCUGGCAGCGUCAAAGUGUCUUCGCUGUGCUUCAGCCAGUUGAGAACCACGUGACUCAGACCCGCGCGCUCGCCGCUCAGCGCGAGAUCAUCGCCGAGCCUGAGGAGGGAGCGGCCGUUGGUGAAGGGCGCAUGAUGAAACUAGCAAUCGUGUAG